GUCACCAAGAUGCCCAUCCUGGAAAAAGCUCCCCAAAAGAUGGCCGCAAAAACUCCCAGCAGUGAGGAGGAGCCUUUGCCCAAACUUCCAGUGCCCCCUCUGCAGCAGACCCUGGCCACUUACCUGCGAUGCAUGCAGCACCUAGUACCCGAGGAACAGUUCAGGCGGAGCCAGGCCAUUGUGCAGCGGUUUGGGGCCCCUGGUGGCCUUGGUGAGACCCUGCAGCAGAAGCUCCUGGAACGACAGGAGAAAACAGCCAAUUGGGUGUCUGAGUACUGGCUGAAUGACAUGUAUCUCAAUAACCGCCUGGCCCUGCCUGUUAACUCCAGCCCAGCUGUGAUCUUUGCCCGGCAGCACUUCCAAGAUACAAACGACCAGCUGAGGUUUGCAGCCAACCUUAUCUCUGGUGUGCUCCAUUACAAGACCCUGCUGGACAGCCACUCCAUCCCUACUGACUGGGCCAAGGGCCAGUUGUCCGGGCAGCCGCUCUGUAUGAAGCAGUACUAUGGGCUCUUCUCCUCCUACCGGCUCCCCGGCCACACCCAGGACACACUGGUGGCCCAGAAAAGCAGUGUCAUGCCAGAGCCAGAGCACGUGAUCGUGGCCUGCUGCAACCAGUUCUUUGUCUUGGAUGUUGUCAUUAAUUUCCGCCGUCUCAGUGAGGGGGAUCUGUUCACUCAGUUGAGAAAGAUAGUCAAAAUGGCUUCCAACGAGGAUGAACGCUUGCCUCCAAUCGGCCUGCUGACGUCAGAAGGGAGGAGCGAGUGGGCUGAGGCCAGGACGGUCCUCGUGAAAGACUCCACCAACCGGGACGCGCUGGAUAUGAUUGAACGCUGCAUCUGCCUCGUGUGCCUGGACGCCCCGGGAGGCGUGGAGCUCAGCGACACCAACAGGGCACUUCAGCUCCUUCACGGCGGAGGCUGCAGCAAGAAUGGGGCAAACCGCUGGUAUGACAAAUCCCUGCAGUUUGUGGUGGGCCGAGAUGGUACUUGUGGUGUGGUGUGCGAACACUCCCCGUUUGACGGCAUCGUCCUGGUGCAGUGCACGGAGCAUCUGCUCAAGCACAUGGUGAAGAGCAGCAAGAAGCUGGUCCGGGCCGACUCAGUCAGCGAGCUCCCGGCCCCCAGGAGGCUGCGUUGGAAAUGCUCCCCGGAAAUUCAAGGCCUCUUAGCUUCCUCGGUGGAAAAACUUCAACGAAUAGUAAAGAAUCUCGACUUCACUGUUUAUAAGUUUGACGUCUUUGGGAAAACAUUCAUUAAGAAGCAGAAAUGCAGUCCUGAUGCCUUCAUCCAGGUGGCCCUCCAGCUGGCCUUCUACAGGCUCCACGGGACACUCGUGCCCACCUACGAGAGUGCGUCCAUUCGCCGGUUCCAGGAGGGCCGUGUAGACAACAUUCGAUCAGCGACUCCAGAGGCACUGAGUUUUGUCAAAGCCAUCACUGACCACGAGGCUGCUGUGCCGGAGUCAGAGAAGUUGCUGCUCCUGAAGGAUGCCGUCCGAGCCCAGACUGAGUACACAGUCAUGGCCAUAACAGGGAUGGCCAUUGACAACCACUUGCUGGCGCUGCGGGAGCUGGCCCGGGACACAUGCAAGGAGCUGCCCGAGAUGUUUACAGAUGAAACGUACCUGAUGAGCAACCGGUUCAUCCUCUCAACCAGCCAGGUGCCCACAACCAUGGAGAUGUUUUGCUGCUAUGGUCCUGUGGUACCUGACGGGUACGGGGUCUGCUACAACCCCCAGCCAGAGAGCAUCCUUUUCUGCAUCUCCAGCUUUCAUGGCUGCAAAGAAACCUCUUCUACCAAGUUUGCAAAAGCAGUGGAAGAAAGCCUCACUGAAAUGAGGGGCCUCUGCAGUCCACCACAGUCUACAGUGGGCAAGCCACUGGCAACAAAAGAAAAAGCAACAAGGCCCAUCGAGGGACACCAACCUUGA